AUGUUCACCUUCAACGGGUCUUCCCGCAAACCCCGCGUUGUCAACCUCUCGGGGCGUAAAUCCACUGUGCCGCCUCGUGGUUCCAAACCCUCACAAUCACUAUCCCUCGCCAAUGCCCAGAAGGAGCGCGCCGAAAGAGAAGCCGAGCGUCGCCAACUCAAAGCUGCUUCCAACAUCCAGCGGGUCUGGAGAGGCCGGAGAGUUGCUGGCAUCCAGAGGGCCCAGUGGAGACGGGAGUGGGAUGAGGAGUUUGGCGGAGAAAUCAAGGGCAGUUGGAUCAGGGGUAUCGCCUUAUUUAUAGCCUUCAACCAGAGAGGUUUUGUAGUGCGAAGGGACUCUAAGGGCAGGAUAGGUGAACUGGGAUCUGGCGAAGGAAGAGAUGGGUCGAUAAAGGGUGCCAAGGGAUACCGCCGUGAGCGAAUACAGGAUCCUCAGGAUUUUGAGAGAAUCAAGGUUCUGGUAUCCCUGGUUAUGGAUGCUAUCAAGAAUGGGGAUAAUAUGGCAGGCGAAGAUCCGAAGCGAUCACGGUAUCUGUUGGGACAGUUCGCCAAAUUGCUUGUUGAGGCUCUGUAUGACGAUCCCGAAGGGGCUGAUCUGCCCGGCAAAGCUAUGAGUGGUGACUCUGUGAGGAACUACUCUCUGAGACUGCUUCCAUGGCUGGCUGAGAGACUGCCGACGCUUGUUGAUGCAAAAUACUACCAGGCCCUCUCUCGAGUCACGACUGCCUGCGAGGCUGACUUGGAAGCGCUUUUGAGGGCUGUAUUGACGCCAUUACGCUCGAAAAACGAGUGCACCGCAGUGUCUUACACGGUCUUUGCUGCAAACUAUCUUAUCACCCCCGGGCUUCCGGAACGCCUAGGAGCUAAAGGGUUCUGUAUGCUACGGGAAGGAGUAGAUAUAGAGGAGCUGUUCAAGGCUAUAGAAGCUACGCCGGGCGCUUGGCUGGGUGCAGAGGUGGAAGGGCGAUUAUGGCUUUUGGCAUACAUAAUCGAUUUCCUGUUUGCUUCAUCGUCACGAAAAACGAUCAUUGACCUCAGAGGAGAUGACCGCUUGAGGUUCAAUAGAGACGUGGAGCAGCAAAGAGUUUUGUCACUAUUACUUGCCUCGGUUUCUGCAGAAGCCGGCAAGAGGAUUGAUAUCGAGGAUAUGCCAAUGGGCCAAGAGGAGGAAGAGGACUCGGAUGAAGAGGAUUCAACCGAUAUAAAAUCCCGCCCCAGUAAGAAACAACCAUUACCGCCGUUUAUCAAGUCUCGAUUGGAGGGACUGGUACAACAAUCUUCUGUUUCAACCGUUUUUUCAAAAACAAAAUACUCUGAUCUCAAUGAUGCUAAAAUAUUUGCCGGAUUUACUCUCACUCUGCUAUUGGUGUUUCCCCGUAAGAGUCAGGACGUUCGCAUGUGGCUCUGCCUAGCAGAAACCAGUGACGGUGCAUCUGCUGUGCGAUUUCUCUGGGAAGCCGUGAGAAGAACAAACCUUUACUCGGGGAUCAGCCGAGAUUACAAAGUUGCCGUAGAAAGCCUUAAAAGACGCAACAAUUCCGAGGAUUCAACGCAGACUGAUGAUGAUGAGGAGUGGAAUUUGAUUCUUCUUUUUGUCGAACUAUACGGAUUCCUGCUCAUGGUUAUGGACGAUGAUGAGUUUUUCGCCGGCAGAGGAAUCAAGGAUAGGCAGCUACCGCUGAAGGAGGUGGGAGAAAUGAGCGUAUUUCUUAAAAGUAUGACAUUCGCGAUGUAUUGGGAAGGCGGAGAGAUAAUAGGUGAAGAUAAAUCGAGAACAAGUGGUGGAGAAAUCUACUUUAAGGAUCAAAAUAGCAAGGGGUGGAGCGUAGAUUAUCUAAGGGCACAAGCAACCGCAUUGCUAAAGCAACUUUAUACUAGAGAUUCUCGACGACAAUUCCUCCCUAAAGGCCAUUGGCUCAUGACGAAUCAUUUCGAUAUGGAAGGAUUCAUCCCUUCAGUGGUUCAAGAAGAAGAAAACAGACACCGAAUGGAAGCCGAUGACGAAGAUGUUGAAGAAGAGGACGAGCGCGAACUUGACCCCGCUGCUUUAGCUGCGAUGAAUCCUAUUGAGCGGCGUAAUCUUCGAUGGGAGCGAAAAAAAAGGUCCCAGCGCAAAAAGCAAAGAUAUAACUACCUGGCUGCCAUUGCCCCCCGCUUGGAAAUUCUUAAGAAUCUACCUUUCUUCAUUCCGUUUGCAACUCGCGUUCAGAUAUUCCGCCAAUUCGUCUCUGUAGAUCAGAAAAGACGCCGCGGGGGAUUUGUUGAUCCGGAUCAAUGGCGAGCGGCGGUUCUGUCACGGUCUAGACGGGGUACAAUACCGAGACAGGAUGAAGCUCUGGACGGCCAUGACAUGCUUUCCAGACAUCAUGCCACGAUCCAUAGAAAUAGGGUAUUUGAAGAUGCAUACAAACAGUUUUGGCCUUUGGGCGAGAGACUUAAAGAGCCAAUACAAAUCACAUUUGUAGAUCAAUUCGGGACUGAGGAGGCAGGAAUUGACGGCGGCGGUGUUACGAAAGAAUUCUUGACCGGCGUCUGUGGGGAGGCCUUUACACCUGCUGCUGCCGGCGAUAGAAAUGCUGACGAUGACGAUGACGAUGACAUUGACGACGGCCACUUAGAACCCGGAGAGCCGGAGGGUUCCUCCGGCUAUUCAAUUCGCCCGAAGCUGGGGAAGAACUUGUUUCUGGAAAAUGAACAGCAUCUGUUAUAUCCCAACCCAACUAGUAUCGAAGUGCUGAAAGAGGAGCUAGCGACAAUUAAUUAUCCGGAUCUCGACAAAGGCAUUAGACGCCUCCUCCGCCGCUACGAAUUUCUCGGCCGUGUGGUGGGAAAAUGUCUAUACGAAGGAAUCCUCGUCGAUGUUGCCUUCGCCGGGUUUUUCCUUCUCCGGUGGUCCCAACAAGCCAGCGCCACCGCCAGCGUCGGUGUCAAUGAUCUCCGAGAUCUCGACGAGGAUCUCUACCGCGGUCUCGUCAAUCUGAAGAACUACAAUGGGGACGUCGAAGCCGAUUUCGCGCUCAACUUCACCAUAACCUCACGACUACCCAGCCAGAAGACGAUUACAAUAGAGCUGAAACCAGGCGGCGAGAAGAUCCCAGUUACAAACACAAAUAAACUAGAAUACAUCCAUCUCGUCUCCCGCUACCGUCUCUCCGGACAAGCAUAUGAGCAGACCGCCGCGUUCCUGAAGGGCCUCAACUCAAUCAUCCAGCCCUCAUGGCUCUCCAUGUUCAACCAGAGCGAGCUCCAGACGCUCGUCGGCGGCGACAUAAACACCCCGAUCGACGUCGAAGACCUGCGCAGAAACACAAUCUACGGCGGCGUAUACCAGAUUGGGGACGACGGGAAAGAGCACCCAAGCGUGCAGCUAUUCUGGGAGGUCAUGCGGGAGCUCGACGACUUUGAGCGGAGAAAAGUGCUGAAAUUCGUGACGAGUGUUGCGAGAGCCCCACUGCUGGGCUUUGGCAUCCUGAGGCCGAAGUUUAGUAUUAGAGACGCUGGAGAAGAUCAGUCGAGGCUGUGCAGUGCUAGUACGUGUGUGAAUUUGCUGAAGAUGCCGAGAUAUAAAGACUUCAAAAUACUGAAAGAGAAGCUAUUAUAUUCGGUGAACUCCAAUGCUGGUUUUGAUUUGAGCUAA